UUCUCCACACGGAACGUCUCCAUCUGUCUGAGCUGAUCGACACGGAUCGAGCCCGGUCACACGAGGAUCUACCGUCUGUAUGGAAACAUGGCCGACGUCCCGCAGAUCGUCAAAAUUGGGAUUUCACUGAAGAUGCUCCCCAACAACACCGCGGUGUUCUUCAAAUCAGACGGAGCUCGCUUCGGACAGACCCGGACCAUCAAGCUGCUGACCGGGUCCAAGUACAAGAUCGAGGUGGUCGUUAAACCCGGAGCCGUCGAGGCCACGUCGAUGAGCCUGGGGGGGGUGACCUUCCCUCUGGAGCAGCAGUCCAAAGACCCCCAGUCGGUGGUGUACAGCGGCCGGUACGACACCGAGGGCGUGACGCACACCAAGAGUGGAGAGAGGCAGCCGGUGCAGAUCAACAUCCAGUUCACGGAGGCGGGGGAGUUCGAGACCGUGUGGCAGGUGAAGUACUACAACUACAACAAGAGGGACCACUGCCAGUGGGGCAACAGCUUCAACAGCAUCGAGUACGAGUGCAAACCCAACGACACGCGCACGCUCAUGUGGGUCAACAAGGAGACGUUUAUCUGACUGACACGUUCAGUGUGUGUUCUACACAAAAUUACUAACACAAAGUGUGUUGUGUCUCAUUGUGAAAGUUUCUGUCGCUCAAAGGGAUUUGUGCAUUUAUCCUUUUUCUGUUUCUACGCUCAUUCUGGUCCUCUUGUUUUGUUUUACCUGUCACUUCUACCUUUCUGAAAACAGACACUAAAACUUUAAAAUCACUUAAAAUCACUUAAAUGAUUUAUUUAUUGGAUAAAUAAAAGCAUAUUUUCUUCCAGACCAUAAUAUUUACUGCUGAGUCAGCCCCUGAGGCUCAGAUCAUGUGACACAGAUCACGUUUUCAGUCUUUCAACAGUUGAUGAUGGUGAAUAUACAAUUGAGUCGUGAUAAUUUACAUUUAAGGUUAAAAUGAAAACUGUAGCACUUGUCAAAACUUUCUUUAAAGUAAUUUUAUAUAUCCAAAGACUAAUUAGUUAAAUUAUAUUUUGAGAUAAAUAUGUUUUUGAUGUACAGAUGAGUUGUGGUAUCAGGUCGCCCUCCAGUGUACGUGUAACACUUGUGUUAAUGUACGGUGUUGUAUGUGUGUGAGUGUGUGAUUUUGACAGUGUGUGUGUGUUUUACAACCGGUGCUUGUACAGACGUGUUUAUUUGUAUUUUUGUACUUUGAAAAUAUCGUACGUGUGAGAGAGAGUUUAUUUUCAAAAAUGACAUUUCCAGAAAUUCAAGCCAGGUCCGUUCUUAUAUAACAUCCAAGUCUAGUGUCCUUGAAUUAGUGGCAGUUUACUGAAUGGCCCGAAACUACAACUCUCUCCAUGUGUCCUUGAAUGGAAACUCCAUCUGCAGCUCCUGAUGUUAACAAAUAGUUCAAAUGACUUAAGCUACUUUAACAAGAGCAAUAACUUGUACAAGGAUUGAAGCUCAGUAGCGGCUCAGUAUGGAAGCGCCACAUUAAAAUAUAAAACGUUUCCCUUCAUAACAUAACUUUCAUAAAAUCAUGAGAUUGUGUCCGUGGUGGAGGUACCACUUAGAUUUAAAUAAACAAUUGUGUUGUUUUGUGUAGUUGCUGUGAACUUUAAAACCAUUUUCAGUCCCUAUCAAAUGGUUGUAGAUGUUGCGGUGGACCAAGCUGCCACCCAGUCGUUAUUUAAAGAGUCUAAAGGAGUGACAAGUUAACACAGUUGCACAAUUCAUAACAGAACAAAAUAACUUUGCCCAAUUGUGCCUUGGACUAACCCAAAUUCUCAGUUUUCAAAUUAUCAUGGUGUUUUGGAACGACUCUCUCUGUGUGGCUGUGUGUGUCUGUGUGUGUGUUAUUUUGUGUGCAGUAUAAUGCAGUAUUGGAAGGUAGAUUUGUGUACUCAGAUGAAGUUGUGCUCCUACGUACAGGAUGUUGGUUUGUCUACCUCUCCCAAAGAACUUAGCCAAGAAUACUUGUGUUUGUUAAAAUGAAAUAUUGACAUAUCUGCAAGAACAAUCAAUUUCUCGUGUUAACUAUUAAUAUUUAAAAAUUAAAAUAGUACUUUUGUGCAGUGAACCAUUUGAAGUGUUUUUAUAGAUAAUAAUCUUGUGUUAUUUUGGUAUAAAUUACAUAUUUUUGUGAAAUGUUCAAUUUGACCUAUGCAAGAAACCAGAGCAAAAAAAAAACGAUGAAAUUGUGCAAUAUAGUUGUUUAUAAAAUCUACAUUCU